GGAAGAUGGCGGGGUGCGGGGCCCCCUGGUGCUGCUGCCGGUGCUGCGGGGAGAGGGAGAGCCGCACCCCGGAGGAGCUGACUAUCCUCGGGGAAACACAAGAAGAAGAUGACGAGAUUCUUCCACGCAAGGACUAUGAGAGCUUGGAUUAUGACCGAUGUAUCAAUGACCCCUACUUGGAAGUACUGGAAAGCAUGGACAACAAGAAAGGCCGGAGGUAUGAAGCGGUGAAGUGGGUGAUGGUUUUCGCCAUUGGAGUCUGCACUGGACUGGUGGGUCUAUUUGUCGAUUUCUUUGUGCGACUCUUUUCCCAACUUAAAUUCCAUGUGGUGCAAACCUCGGUGGAGGAGUGCAGCGAGAAGGGCUGCCUUGCCGUGUCCCUGCUGGAGUUGCUGGGGUUUAACCUGACCUUCAUCUUCCUUGCCAGUCUUCUUGUCCUGAUCGAGCCCGUGGCAGCCGGCUCUGGAAUUCCGGAGAUUAAGUGUUACCUGAACGGAGUGAAGGUGCCAGGGAUAGUCCGUCUCCGGACGCUGGUGUGCAAAGCUGUGGGGGUACUCUUCAGCGUAGCCGGAGGUCUCUUUGUAGGGAAGGAGGGCCCCAUGAUACACAGUGGCGCUAUUGUGGGGGCUGGCUUGCCUCAGUUCCAGAGCAUCUCCUUUAGGAAGAUCCAGUUUAACUUUCCCUAUUUCCGAAGUGACAGGGACAAAAGGGACUUUGUAUCUGCAGGGGCCGCCGCAGGGGUUGCUGCAGCUUUUGGGGCCCCAAUCGGGGGCACCCUGUUCAGCUUGGAAGAGGGUUCCUCCUUCUGGAACCAGGGGCUCACGUGGAAAGUGCUCUUUUGUUCCAUGGCUGCCACCUUCACCCUGAACUUCUUCCGCUCCGGGAUUCAGUUCGGAAGUUGGGGAUCUUUCCAGCUACCCGGGCUGCUAAACUUCGGGGAGUUCAAGUGUUCUGACUCUGAUAAAAAAUGCCACCUCUGGACGGCCAUGGACUUGGGGUUCUUCAUUAUGAUGGGGAUUGUAGGAGGCCUUCUUGGAGCCACCUUCAACUGCCUGAAUAAGAGGCUGGCGAAAUACCGCAUGCGGAACGUGCAUCCAAAGCCGAAGCUGGUCAGAGUCUUGGAGAGCCUGCUGGUGUGUCUAACAACCACCGUUGUAGUGUUCGUAGCUUCCAUGAUUCUAGGAGAAUGCCGGCAGAUGUCUUCCACCAAUCCUAGUGGCAACAGCACUCUGAGCCUUCAGGGCUCUUCAUCAGAGGACGUGAAUUCAAGCAUCAAGACUUUCUUCUGCCCCAAUGAAACCUACAAUGACAUGGCAACGCUCUUCUUCAACCCCCAGGAGUCAGCCAUCCUGCAGCUCUUCCACCAGGAUGGUACUUUCAGCCCAGUCACGCUCUCCCUGUUCUUCCUUCUCUAUUUCUUACUCUCCUGCUGGACGUAUGGGAGCUCUGUGCCCAGUGGUCUCUUUGUACCGUCACUGCUUUGUGGGGCUGCCUUCGGACGCCUGGUCGCCAACCUCCUCAAAAGCUACAUUGGGCUGGACCACAUCUACUCGGGGACCUUUGCACUGAUUGGUGCGGCGGCGUUCCUGGGAGGCGUGGUCCGCAUGACGAUUAGCCUCACCGUCAUCCUGAUAGAAUCCACCAAUGAGAUCACGUACGGGCUUCCGAUAAUGAUCACCCUGAUGGUAGCCAAAUGGACAGGAGACUUCUUUAACAAGGGCAUCUACGACAUCCAUGUGACCCUGCGAGGGGUGCCGCUGCUGGAGUGGGAGACGGAGGUGGAAAUGGACAAGCUGAGAGCCAGCGAUAUCAUGGAGCCCAACCUGACGUACGUGUAUCCCCACACCCGGAUCCAGUCGCUGGUCAGUAUCCUGCGCACGACGGUCCAUCACGCCUUCCCUGUGGUGACGGAGAACCGGGGGAACGAGAAGGAGUUCAUGAAGGGGAACCAGCUGAUCAGCAACAACAUUAGAUUCAAGAAAUCCAGCAUCCUCACCAGAGCUGGAGAGCAGCGCAAGCGGAGCCAGUCCAUGAAAUCUUACCCCUCGAGCGAGCUGCGCAACAUGUGUGAUGAGCACGUAGCGCCAGAGGAGCCGCCCGAGAAGGAGGAUUUGCUGCAGCAGAUGCUAGAGAGACGAUACACUCCCUACCCCAACCUGUACCCAGACCAGUCCCCCAGUGAAGAGUGGACCAUGGAGGAACGCUUCCGACCUCUGACCUUCCACGGCUUGAUCUUGCGCUCGCAGCUGGUUACCCUGCUCGUCCGAGGAGUCUGUUACUCUGAGAGUCAGUCGAGCACCAGCCAGCCUCGACUGUCGUACGCCGAGAUGGCUGAGGAUUACCCCCGUUACCCUGAUAUUCAUGACCUGGACCUCACGCUGCUGACCCCACGCAUGAUAGUGGACGUCACCCCUUACAUGAACCCAUCUCCCUUCACGGUCUCCCCUAACACUCAUGCCUCGCAAGUCUUCAACCUCUUUAGGACAAUGGGGCUCAGGCACUUACCAGUGGUGAAUGCGGUGGGAGAGAUUGUUGGAAUAAUAACUCGACACAACCUGACUCAUGAAUUUCUGCAGGCAAGACUGAGACAGCACUACCAGACCAUCUGACCCUGCUGUCGGUAUGGCUCCCUCCUUCCUCCAAGCCUGCACGUGCCCUCGCUUUCUGCUUGGAUGCCCCAUGUCCAAGGACACGAUGGUUGGCUUCUCUCUCACGCAGUCUGGGGACCAGAGAACAUGUCGCUGGCAGAGAGCAGAAGAGUUAUCUAAGUCCUGAGCUGCCGGCCGGCCCCAGAGAGGUGCUUCGUUUGACUGCUCUUGGCCAGAACGCUCUCUUCUCUCCUGCCGUCUCCUUUCAUCAGAAGUUGCCCUGAGACUGCUCUUCCUAUAGAAAUGCCUGCAGUUUGGAGGGUAACAAUCUACACCAUGUCCCAUGUGGAGGAGUGCAGCGAAUUUCCCCUCCCCUCUCUUGUUGAUUUCUUCUCCCUCCCCAGUUCUGCUGCAGUAGUUGCCUUACUCGCACGAGGAGGGGUCAUUGUCAAAGCUGAGAUCACCCACUGCAAUUUGCUAAUGUCCUCCAACACUAAAUUGCUGGUUAUUCUCAGUGGCAUUAAAACUACACCUCCUUGGGGGGGUGGGGAAUUUUCUGCCAUCAGGAACUCUUAAUUUUUCACUCUGGCUUCAUGUUUUUCAGUUCAGUUCUUAAAGCCCCUAAUUUCUUAAUGUCCUUCAGGCGCUGGAAUCCCUGCUAUGGAUUUGUCUGACAGCAACUGGCUGCUGAGAGCAUCUGGGCAAGUCAAGAAUCCCAAAACAACUUGGUUCUAAUUACUGGUCUGGAUUAGAAACCCUUAAUGCACCCCCAAAACAACUCGGAAGAGAGAAAUCCCGUCAACCUCCUUCGCUGUUGCCAAUGAUUCCCCUUAGAAGAGAAGCCUUUUAUAAGGCACUCUUGUCCCUUCCCUCUUUGGAGCAUUAUGUAGUGCCCUGCUGCAGAGAUCCAUUGAUAAGAGCCUGGUUUCACUCAGGGGUUCUGGAUUCCAGGGGCAUCUUUACAGUUAGGGCUGUGGAGAUGGAGGAAAUCUCUUUUCUCAGCCCGGCAAGCCCCGAGCUCAACAUGGGGCAGAGCAUGAGCGUUAGUCCUCCAGCUCAGAUUCAGCAGCAGUGUUGGCUUAUCUCGGUUUCACGGAAGGAGAAGGUGCGAUUCAUGCUGCGGCCAGGCAGAAGGGGCUCUGGGAGGUUGUGACUGCCUGCCAGCCAGCCAGCGCUCUGCAGAGCGGUUAAUGGAAGGGCUGCCGGCAGCUCUGCAAGCACUUGGGCUGUUUGUUGCAACCGCAGAAUCACCUGCAGGGUAAAGUCGGCACUUAGGAGCCAGUCGCAGCCAGUCUGGUGCUCUGGCAGGUACCAUCCUGGCAGCACCUGUGUCGUUCCAGCAGGCUCCUGCCCUUGUGGGUUUUGCAUUCAGAUAACUGGGGGAAGCCAGCCUCAUGCCUUCAGGGGCUACAGAACUGAUUGGCUUGAUAAAGCACAGAGCAUUCUUGCUGCCUCCGAGACUGGCCCAGCUAACCUGGGGAAUGCAUCCCAGGAAAGCUUCCCCACAGCCCUCUGACCAGCCCUUUGGUUAACCUGUUCCACGCCAUACUGGGCUUUAGCUAGCUGCGGAAGGAGCUACUGUUUUAGGAGUAAAACUGAGCCAUCUUGAGGACUCUUCCUUCCAAGCGUAGAGGGAUUGCAAAACCUGUUUGCACGUGUCAGUGGCAGAGUCUGUGAUCUGCCAGCUGAGUUUGUCUGGGGAAGCUGUAUGUUCCUGUGCUGGGCCGCGCUCGUGAGGGCUGUGGCAUGCACAGCCAUCUCUAACUUCUCUAAGGUAAGAGGUAGUGUGCACAGAGCAGAAGUGCCCUUCAUUAAGCAAGUCUCUUUUAGGAAUUGGUGAAGCUUUCCCCUGCAGCCCAGGUGGUGGGUGGCUGAGUAGGUACAGGGAGAUCCAGUCUCUGGGGGUAUUUACACCAGAGCCAAAUCAUAGGAGCUGGUUGCAGUUUGUGUUGUAGAUAGGAGAUAACUGUUGUAUCUGCAUUACAGCCUGGACGAAAGAAGUUCCCCUGACUCAAUUCUGACGUGUAUAGUGGAGGAUGGGCCCCUAGCGGGCAGGGCAGGGCUCACCUACAUAUUGGUUGAUUCACUUUGGAGAUUUUCUUUAGUCACUUCCAAUGAAAUCCAGCAAACCCUUCCCUGGGUCUUGUCUUUUCCUUUCUAUCUCCCCUCUUCCAAGACUGGCGGCAGACUUCCUGUGAAGCCCUGUUCCUCCCUGAGUCUGGAGCAGAGGCCUUGGCCCUCCUUGCGUAUCCUGCUGAGUGGAGAGGGAGGAGCCUUGCUACAUGUCAUACAAAACUUCCCUUCUUCAGCAAGUGACUUUCACCCUCCUGGGUCUAUCUGGUUAUAGCAGGUACCAUCCGAGUUCUGCAUUCCAGCCCGGGUGGCGUCCUGUGUGACCAGGGUGCAGGGAACAUGUUCCUCACACCUUCCCCGCCUCUUCCCCCCCCCCCCAC